CCAUUUUUGGUGUUGUUACUUUCCGAGUGAUGCGUAUACGGCCCAUUUCUGUCUCCUUCUAUAUUCUUUUCCUUUUUAUUUUACUCGCUUGACUCGCUUCAUAGCUGACACGAACCUUCCUGCAGUUUUCCAUUCUUAUCGCAGUCCACACUCUUUCUCGCCAGGUCGCAACCGUCCGAUUGAGAAGAAAGACAGGAACCACUCUGUAUCCAACCAUGGAUGAAGAAUCUUCUGCCCCGACUUUGCCUUUCCAAUCUCCUUCGACACCUGUCUCGACGCCCUCGCAAACAACCUAUACCUAUACAACGGCGGGGACCAUCUACAAUCCCAGCUCUUCUCAGCGGCUCCAGCCUCCUGCUCGCCGUGGCCGUUUGCUCAAGGCGACAUCUGAAUUUGAUCACCUCAAAUUCGUCCAUUCUCCCCUCCCUAGGCACCCACCUGAUGCGUUGCGUACACUUUCCAUGAGUGAAGAUCUUGCUCAGACACAGCCUGCCCCGGAUCAGCAAAUCUCCUACGAGCCUCUGCAGCAGAACUAUGAUCGCGCUGUUAGCCCGGUGAACACUCAGGAUCAAGUGCCCGGAAUGUCGUGGUCCACGGGCUUUCAAUCGCCCGCUGCUCCGUUUGACGUUAAGGGCAAAGGCAUCGCGAGCGACGCAAACUCCAGUGACGAUGAUGACGGCAUCAUAACCGGUGCCCUUAUGAAUAUGCCUGUCAAAUCUCUCCAGAACCUGGCCUCGUACCCAAAUCCAAACCAAAAGAAAGCUCAAAAGGUGCUUCUUCGAGGGGUAAAGCCAAGAGAGAACAGCACAUUGAGCAUGCCGCCUAGACUGGAUACACCAUUUUCUCAAGAACUUUUUCCGGAAUAUGCCAGAUCGCGACCGUAUGGUACUUUCUCGGACCCUGCUGCCUCUCGCUUCUGGCCGCCUUGGAAGAGUGCUCGAGUAGCAAUAUCCGAAACUGCAGCACAUGCCGAUUACAAGAGUACCAUUGCAUCAUCAUCUCGGUUUUCGACUCCGUCUAUCCACAGCGAUAACUCGGAUCCCCAUAUGUCGGCAUCCAUGGGUCUCGCCUCAACCGCUGGUGCCCCCAAGCCAUUGACCGCGGGCCCGCCUGGCCAACGCCAGUAUCGCCCUUCGACAUUCGACUCGAUGUUCAAGGCGUUCCACAGUAUGCCGACAGAUUCUCGAGAUAGCAUCGCCUAUGCCCAAGAAGAGUAUAGGUAUCCUCCACUUGACCCGCCGUACAAGCUCACCAAGACUCCAACGACUACCAAAGAUUACAUUGAACAAGAUGAAGAGUUUAUUCCAUCAUUCACUCCGUCGUCUUCCAAGGUUCUCGAUGCCACGCCAACCGCUCAUCAAAACCAAUUCGACCAAGUUCCUGAAUACCCAGCUCAUCCUGGAGAGGAUCUGCAAUACUAUCCUGCGUAUUCCGACUUGACGGAUCCUUUUGAUGCUAAUGAGCUGCAGUACUCCAGCGUGCCAUCUGAGUGGCCCCAUCAAGCCAAUGAUAAUGGAGUUGGAGACGAAGAAGGAUCAUACUAUUCCAAUACUCAGAGGGAGGCCUACUUCAACUCGAUUGACUCUUUUCCGCCACAGGCCACCGCAUCAUCAUCUCCCUUCAGAACUCGGUCUAGUUACGACAACGACGCAAUUUGUGAGCCCAUGUUCCCUCAGUGCAUGGGACGCCCGGCCUGCUUGACCGAAGCUGAGAUACGAGAGCGAACUCGACAGUUGCAUAUCAAAUGGUACGCGGCAACUGGCCUGCUUGGAGACGCCUAUCCACUUCCAAAGCCUAUCGUUGAGCCCACCUAUCUACCGAGGCCGAAGCAUGUCUACGGUGCAAUUGGCGACGGGCGCCCCUCGAAGACCAGCUCUACUUCUGAAGAGAAUGACGAGGUAUCCGUGGAAGAUAUGCCGUCGGAGUCUUUUAAGAACAAGAUUUACAGUGAUCUCGCACUCUUGGAAGUUGUUCUUAACCGAGCAAAACCAUGAAGAGGAGAGAAGCACGAGAAGGAGAAUACUUGGAGAG